AUGUACAAGCUCGUCCUCGUCGUCGCCCUUGUCGGAUGCGCCCUGGCCGCGCCACUGAACGAUGAUGUCAUCACCAAGUUCCUGGCCAACCAGGAUACGGACGGCACCUACGCCUACGACAUCGAGCAGGCUAGCGGUAUCCAGAUCAAGGAGCAGGGUCUUGCCGGCCACAGUGCUCAGGGAUCCUUCGCCUACACCUCCCCCGAGGGCGUUCCCGUCCAGGUGGUGUACACCGCCGACGAGUUCGGCUUCCACCCACAGUCCAACUUGCUGCCCACUCCCCCACCAAUCCCAGAGGAGAUCCUGCAGUCCAUCCGUUACAUCCAGGAGCACCCCACUCCCGAGGAACUGGCCGAUCGCGAAGUUCGCGCCAGGCAGAUCUAGAUCUGGAUUGAGAAUAGUAAUCUUAAGCUUGCCAAAGUAGUCUACACACGAUGUGUUCAU